CAAAGGGAAAGGAGAUGGUGAUUUGAUUUGUUUGUCUGUUGCAUCAUUUCUUUCCCUUGGACAAGACCGUCUUCCAGUCUCCAGUUUAGGAAGAAUGAAUGGCUGCAGGUGAGGAUGAAUAUGUGUACAGAAUCAGCACAGCUAAGGAGUGGGAAGAGUUGCAGAGCUCUGGGUCUAGUUUCUGUGGAGAGCUUGACAAGACUUCUGGGUUCAUUCAUCUUAGCAAACUCAAUCAGGUACAGUUGACAUUACAGAAUUUUUUCCUGAAUACUAAGGUGGAUCUUUACUUGCUUCAAAUUGACACCAAAAAGCUGGGCGAAGGAUUAAUAUAUGAAGUUGUUGAUGGUUCCAAUAGCUUCCCUCAUUUCUACGGUCCAUCGCGAAGUUUCAUCCCCCUUCCUCUUGAUGGUGUUACAAAAGCAGAGAAGCUGUCUCUGUCAGAUGGCCGAUUCAGUUGUAGUAUGCUGGAAUCAGCCGCUUAAGCUCUGAUUUGGUUUUCUUUCAUCCCCGCUUUGUAUUGUGGGGGGGAUAGGAGACAUUAACAAGUCCCAAGUGCUGUAUUGUUAUGUUAUGGCAGCAAGCUUCAUCCCCGCUUUGUAUUUUGGGUGCUAAAGAUCUCAGAGUUACCCAAGAAAAAGAGCCAAAUUUAAAUAUCCCUUUUGAAUCUCUGCACCUAUUAGCUUAAGCUUUUAGACUGGCAUAGAUUCAAAGAGUA